AGGGGUGGCUUUUGUACAGAACAGAACCACAAAACUAGAGAAAAAACAGAAACAAACCCUCAGGCCUCUGACCUGGAGUGAGAAAGCUGCUGCCCUAGAUCUGGGGUCCACUACAGGAGCAGAGCCGAUUCCAGUGCAUAGCACCCCUUUCCUGUUCAUAGUGACUCUUUACUUGGAGCUGGUCUUUUCCACACAACCUGGUCAAAUUGCAGAGCAGCAGCAGCUGAAGCUGACCCCUGGGACCUGCCAUGUGGCCCAGCUGGUGGCUCUGGAGCCUAGUGUCUCUAUGCACUGCAGAUGAGUUCCUGGACCAGGCAAAGAGGAUCAUGAAGAAUACACCUGUCAUUGACGGGCACAAUGACCUGCCCUGGCAGCUGCUGAAGAGGUUCAACAACCAGCUGCAGAACCCAAAGGCUGAUCUGAACAACUUGGCUGACACACACACCAACAUCCCCAAGCUGAGGGCUGGCUAUGUUGGGGGUCAGUUCUGGUCUGCGUACACCCCAUGUGACACCCAGAACAAAGACGCUGUGAAGAGGACGAUGGAACAGAUAGAUGUCAUCCAUCGGAUGUGCCAGAAGUACCCUGAGACCUUCUCCUGUGUCACCAGUAGUGCUGGCAUCCGGCAGGCCUUUUUGGAGGGCAAGGUGGCCAGCCUGGUGGGUGUGGAAGGCGGCCAUUCCAUCGACAGCAGCCUGGGUGUCCUGCGGGCGCUCUACCACCUGGGCAUGCGCUACAUGACACUCACCCACAGCUGCAAUACACCCUGGGCUGACAAUUGGCUGGUGGACACAGGAGAGGAUCAAGCCCACAGCCAAGGCCUGUCUCCCUUUGGGAAGAGCGUGGUGCGGGAGAUGAACAGGUUGGGCAUCCUUAUUGACCUGGCGCACGUGUCUGUGGACACCAUGAAGACUGUCCUGAAGCUAUCCCAGGCACCAGUCAUCUUCAGUCACUCGUCGGCCUAUGCGAAGUGUCGGCACCAGCGCAAUGUGCCCGAUGACGUGCUGCAGAUGGUGAACCAGACGGGCAGCCUAGUGAUGGUGAACUUCUACAAUGAUUAUGUGUCCUGCAACAAGAAAGCCAAUCUCUCCCAAGUUGCAGACCACCUGGACUAUAUCAAGAAGGUGGCUGGAGCUGGGGCCGUGGGCUUUGGUGGGGACUUUGAUGGUGUUGAAAGAGUGCCCUCAGGGCUCGAGGAUGUGUCCAAGUACCCAGACCUGGUCGCUGAGCUGCUCAGGAGGCAGUGGAAGGAGGAGGAGGUCAAGGGUGCCCUGUCAGAAAACCUGCUCAGGGUCUUUGAGGCAGUGGAGAAGGCCAGCAACCACAUGCAGACCCCUGAGGAGGAGCCCAUCCCUUUGGAAAUGCUGGAGGUUUCCUGCAGGACCAUCUAUGGCUACUCAUCAGCAUCACCCUCGUUCCACCAGCAGUCAGGGACCCUGCUAGCCUCCCUUUCACUCUCCCUCUUCUUCCUGUGUCUGCUCUAAUGUUUUGGGUACAAGAACCCCAUGGUAUCCCAGAGCAGCUACUGUACACAAGCUUGGGAUCCCUGGAGGUGGCUCCUGGCACAGGUGGAGAGUGGACCCACAAUAAAGGGACUCCUUCGGUAAACUCGA